AUGCUCUUUGGGCAGCGGUAUAUCAUUACUGGGCCAGCAUUAGCAGUGCCGUCAACACAUCAGAUCUCUGAAGACGGUUCCACGACUUCCGUCACCGAGGACCCGCCGGCAGCCGCUUCGGAGACCGACCGCCCUCUCAUCACCUACGUGUACAGCGAGAGCCAAGAGGCCCGGCGGAACCUGCAAUUCUUCAUUGACCACGGGCUACACGCAGAAGCCGACUUCCUCUUUAUAUUCAACGGCGUGACUGACGCCGUGUCGUUAGUCCCCGACACACCGGGGGUCCGGUCAAUCCAACGCGAUAACAGCUGCUAUGACCUCGGCUCGCAUGCCGAGGUCCUCCUGAAGGACGACCUGUGGCGGCGAUAUAACAGGUUCAUCCUCAUGAACGCCAGCGUACGCGGGCCUUUCAUGCCGGCUUGGGCUGAUGGACUCUGCUGGACGGAGCGGCUGUUGUCGAGGAUAACGCAAGAGGUAAAACUUGUCGGCAUCUCACUAAACUGCUGGCCGACGCCACACGUACAAUCGAUGGUGUGGGCAACAGACCGCGAGGGCCUCUCCCUGCUCCUCAACCCGCCACCGACGAGCCUGCGGCACGACGACUGGUUGGAGAAGCUCUUCACGCACGCAGAUGACUUCCCCCGGCCGGCCGGCUACCAGCCCAGCGGGCCGGGCUGGGCCGAGAAGGGCCUCUCCCAGUGCUUCGCCAGCCGGCAGGACGCCGUGGAGGGCGAGAUCUCGGCGACGGGGAUCAUCCUGGCCGCCGGGAAGAAGGUCGACACGCUGCUUACCAUGUACCAGACCUCUGCGGCGGGUCACAACGUCACGUCGUUUUGCGAGCCGCUGGGGGAGUGGGACCCGCAGUCGGAGGGGAACUAUGGAGGGGGGAGCAUCCACCCCUUCGAGACUAUCUUCAUCAAGACCAACAGGGGUAUUAGUCCCCAGCUCAUAGAUAGCCUGACGUCUUGGACGGAUAAGAUGGGCUACUCCAGCUACAGACAAUGCUCAAUGUAG